AUGGCGUUCCUUACUCGCUUGCUUCACGUCCUGCUGCUGUCGUUGAUCGCCUGCGCUGCUAUCGCGGCCCCGACUGCCGAUCAGUCUGAUGCCGCCAACUCGGUGGUCGACUCGACUUCCCACGGCUAUCUCAGUAGCUUUGAGGACAAGGCCCUGCAUCUGUAUGAAAAGUUCCGUCACGGAGUUUUUCAUUCCGCAGAUGACAACGCCCAGACUGUGGAGGAGGAUGCUGCACUGUCCAGCCGGGCCAACCUCGCCAAGCGACAGGGUGUGAGCAAUUCGACGAGCGCUGCAGAAACCAGCCAGGCGACGGAACCUGCCACGACUUCGGCGACUGCUGCGGCCACCACUCAAGCGGAGACCUCUGCCAGCAGCGCUGACUCGACUUCGGCCGAACCCACCUCCGCUGCCACCACCGCCGCCGCCACCACCGCGCAUACAACCGCCGUGCAGACUACAUCUAGCUCUAGCAGCAGUGAAUCCAGCUCUAGCAGCAGUGAGUCGAGCUCUAGUAGCAGUGAGUCUAGCUCCUCGUCCACGUCUCCUGUCACCACCUCCUCCACCUCCUCCUCUUCUUCGUCGUCGACGUCGACCUCUUCGACUUCAUCGACUUCGUCCACUGCGUCCUCUUCUUCUUCUUCAUCCACCUCCUCUUCUACUACCUCUGCCUCUACCUCUUCAUCCACAUCUUCUUCUUCGUCCUCCUCUCACACUCGGACAGCAUCUUCUACCACCAGCGUGCCUGCCACCACCACCUCGUCGACCUCGUCCACUUCCACUUCCAGCUCGACCUCAUCCACCGCAAGGUCGACCACCAUGCACACCACGAGCUCCACAUCGCAGGAUACGACCAGCACGACCAGCCAGCCCACCACCCCGUACACCUCCACCUACAAGAUCACCACCACUCUGCCCGACGGUCAGCAGAGCACCGUGACAGCCGUGACAGUCGUGCAUCCUACCGAAACCGCCCGCGAGGUGGCCACCGGCACCCAGGCAUCUCCGGGGCUGCAGACCGACUCUGCUGCCUCUGCCAAUGGAUUCGCGCGCGAGUUCGCUCUCAUGAUGGGAGGAGCUGCCGUGGUGGCCAUGGCCUUGUAG